GAGAGAGAGAGAGAGAGGAAGGAAGGAAGGAAGCAAGCAAGCGGGGAGUUGCCGCCUACCCUCGCCUGCCGCGCCCAACCCAGCCAGCCGAGACUCCGCUGCUUUCCCUAUGGCCGCGAGCGGGAGCUGAGCGGCUGAGCCCACACCCACCCACCAUAGCUUUUUUAAAACAAAAAACCGAGGAGCGCGAAGAGAAAGAAAGAAAAACCGAGAGGAGGAGGAGGAAACAACCUCCCACACAUAACAAAACCUGCCCGCCCGAGCGACUCCCUCAGGGGACCCCUUGCCCGCCCGCCCGCCUCCUCUAGAUUCGACGUUCCUGUUGGUGGUGCAGCCGCCGCCCUCCCUCUUCUCUCUCUCUCUCCCCCCCCUCCUCCUCGGUGCGUCUCUUCGUGAGGAAACGGAGCGGCUGCCAAGCGCAGCGCGGGACGGACGGCGGCGGCGACGAGGCGGCAGCAGCAGCAGUAGGAGCUUCCUCCUCCUCCUCCCCCUCCCGGUUUAUUUCUCUUUCUGUGUCCCCCCCUCCUCCAUUCCUCCCCCCGGUUUCCUCCUCUUCCUCUUCCUCCUCCUCUCUGCUUCCUCCCUCGACGCUGCCUCCUGCCCCGCUGGCUGGCCUGACGGACUGAAUUGACUGGGAGGAGGAGGAAGGAGGAGGAGAACCGGCGCCUCUCGGCGGGGGUCUUGCGAGGGGGUCGCCCGCCCGGCGGGGAGGGAGAAAGGAGGAGAGGAGGGCGUAUUGGCUGGGGGCGGCGGCGGAGGCCGUGGAUGAGCAACGACCGUCGAGGAAGUAGUUGCAUAUUGGGCUGUAGAAGUUGACUUUCCAUUAUACUGAGAUCAAAAAUUUUUGAGCAUCUGAGAGGUGUUAUAGAAGCACACCUUUAGUACGGGAAGAUGAGUGAACUUGACCAGUUACGCCAGGAGGCGGAGCAACUGAAAAACCAAAUCAGAGAUGCUAGGAAAGCAUGUGCUGAUGCUACGUUGGCCCAGAUCACAGCCAACAUUGAUCCAGUGGGUCGUAUUCAGAUGCGCACUAGAAGAACACUGCGGGGACACUUGGCUAAAAUUUAUGCAAUGCACUGGGGCACUGAUUCCAGGCUUCUCGUUAGUGCAUCACAGGAUGGCAAGCUUAUCAUUUGGGACAGCUACACCACAAACAAGGUCCAUGCUAUUCCCCUGCGUUCAUCCUGGGUAAUGACUUGCGCAUAUGCUCCAUCUGGAAACUAUGUGGCCUGCGGUGGUCUUGAUAACAUUUGUUCCAUUUACAACCUGAAAACACGUGAAGGCAAUGUACGUGUAAGCCGUGAACUGGCUGGCCAUACAGGUUACUUGUCAUGUUGCCGUUUUGUGGAUGAUAAUCAAAUUGUUACCAGCUCUGGAGAUACCACUUGCGCCCUUUGGGACAUAGAAACAGGCCAGCAAACAACCACAUUUACUGGUCAUACCGGAGAUGUCAUGAGCCUGUCCCUCGCUCCUGAUUCCAAAUGUUUUGUUUCUGGUGCCUGUGAUGCCUCUGCAAAGCUGUGGGAUGUCCGAGAAGGGAUGUGCCGGCAAACCUUCACUGGGCAUGAAUCAGACAUCAAUGCCAUCUGUUUCUUCCCAAAUGGCAAUGCAUUUGCCACGGGCUCUGAUGAUGCUACAUGCCGGCUCUUUGAUCUCCGUGCUGACCAAGAGCUGAUGGUUUAUUCCCACGACAACAUAAUUUGUGGCAUCACCUCUGUAGCUUUCUCCAAGAGCGGCCGUCUCCUCCUAGCUGGCUAUGAUGACUUCAACUGCAAUGUGUGGGACACACUCAAAGCUGACAGAGCAGGCGUCCUAGCUGGCCAUGAUAACCGUGUCAGUUGCUUAGGUGUAACUGAUGAUGGCAUGGCGGUGGCAACAGGAUCGUGGGAUAGCUUCCUCAAGAUCUGGAACUAAAGUCUGUAGAAUAGCAGUGGACUCCACGCUGACUGGAAGACUUUUCCAACGGUUGAAAAUUUAAAAUAAUGUAUCCAAUCCAACCAUACUAACUUGGACACCCCCCUUUGCCUCCCCCCUCCCAUCUUACCCAGCCACCAAAGGGCAAGAUCUUUCACGUCUCCUACUGCUGAAAUGAAGAGCACAAUUAUCUCUAAAAGAAGAAUUUCUGUGGUUAUAUACAAAAUAGAAAAAGAAGUAAAAUUGUGCAUUCCUUUUGGGACCACCUUUCGUCUAGAAAACUAAAGGAAACAAACACACUUUGUUUAAGCAUGUCCAGACAAAAAAAGAGAAAAAAAAUCAUUGUGAAGCAGACAACUUUUAACAUUCACUGUAGUUUAAAGAUUGCAAACCAUUGAUUUGGUUUUACUGACUUUAUGAGUUGGGGGUGGGAGGGCCUUGUUUUAUCUCACUUUCAAACUUUGAAGUCGUGUUUGUAGCAGGGUUGAUAUCUACUUUUUGUUCAUAUUUCCAUUUCCUUUUUUUUCUCCCUCCUUUCGUGCAAUUUGAUUUUAUGGUCAAUUGUUGAGCCAAGCCAAGACAAGGGAGUCCAAACCCAGAUACAUCUGGGAUUGUUAAUGCUGUAAAUUUAGUCCCUGAAGUCUUUUUAUUAUUAUUAUUAUUUCUGUCUUAGUGUCACAAAUUGUUGCACAAAUACUGCAUAUAUAGGAUAAUGUUAAGAUAACCAAGCACACGCUGUACAUGGUAUUGAAUGUUUUUUUUAAAAAUCACCUUUUAUGGGUAACAAAAUGCAAACUCUAGUUUUUUCCACCCCACCUCACAUGUUAUUACUCUCUUAUUUUGGCAUAGUAUGGAUUUCUUAUGCCCACUUGGAGGGUGCUUCAUAGCCUAACACUACCCCAUAAUCUCAAUAAACAAACAAGAUUCUGUGGAUUUGGGCUUUUUCUGGGGGGUGGGAGGUGUUGAAAAGAUAAACCUGUUCAGCGCUUGGCUAUUCCAUCAAUUCUUUGUGUAUGAAACAAUGUACAAAUUAAUGUUUUUGGAAAUAAUGAUCUUAAAAAAAAACUUUCUAAGUUAAACAAGAACAAUGGAAAGAGAGAAAAUUUGUUUUGGUUUGCCAUAUUGGGUUGGAUUACUCUUUAGAAUCGCAUGCUGUAGAAAUGCUCAAGUGCAUAUGAGACUAAUGUGUCCUUAUGUGUUUUCUUUCAAGAAAUAACCUGUUUUUUGUUUUGUUUUUUAAUUUGGAAACAAAAAGCUGUAACCAUUGCUGAUCUCCUCAUUUAUUGUUGCUACUCUGUGCAUUAAAACAAAAGGAUGGAAAGUACUGAGCUAUGCACAUUCUGGAGUAGUGUGAUAGAUAAAUCACUAUUCUUAAUUUGAAAGGAAAAGGAAAAAAAAACCCCAACCACUUACUUUAAACAAUCACUGUAGAUUUGAUUCUAGGGUGGGGAAGGGAGAGGAAUAACAUGCUUUUAAAUUCCUAACAGCCUGUUGACUUUAGUCAAAGGAGCCCUUUUUAUCAGGUUAGAUUUUCCUUUCCCCUAACAAGCAACCAUUCCUGGCUUUGUGUUUUGAAAAUGAAAGAAAAAUACAAAAAAAAAAAAAACCCUAAACAGCGCUUUGGGCAGCAAAUUACUCUGUCUAACGUUGUUCCUCUCUUUUUCACUGUACUGGAAUUCUCCCCCCACCCCUUUGCUACAGCAAUGGCUAUUAUCCAUUUUGGGGUGUGUCUCUUCCUCUCCCCACCCUCCCUCUGGCAACACUCUGUACAAAAUGUGCUGUAAUUGUGCGUUUUUAGGCCUGGAUUUGGCAUUUCAAAAAACAAGAAAAAAUGAAGAAAAAAACCCCUCUUCUUCCCCUGCGCCCUCCCCCCUUUAUGGAACUAUUCUCAGUAGAGCUUUCUCCACACCCUUUUAUCCUUCACCUUUUGUAUUUAAUUUUAAAGUCAGUGUACUUCAAGAAAGCUGGAUGCAAGAUAGAUACUAUAUUAAAAUGUACUGUUAUUUAAGAUGUAAUAAAGCAGUUUGACAUGA